GUCAGGUGCUUUAGAAGGAACCUAAAAACAGGUGGAUAGAGAGCAGGUUAAUGUUCCACCAGCCCACACUCUGGCCUUCUACCACAAGCUCAUCAGCUGUUCGACAGACAACACACAGUUUUGGUCAGCUGAAGGCAAUUAAACACUGCAUCUGCUGUGAUUGACUUGACUUAGCCAUCACAAUGUCAACUUCAUAUGUGAAGAAAUAUGGUACCAAAGCAGAAACAACCUCAACACCUGGCCGCAGUCAGGUUAUUCAGGAUAACAAGAAGAGUACCAAUCUGCUCCAAGACAACAGCUGGAUCAAGAAGAGGCCGGAUGAAGAUGUUGCCAAGGAAGAAAAUUUCGGCAAAGCUGUACUUAACCGAUACAAAUCUGAAGAAUCUCUAGACAGCAAUGCAAACAGAAAAACCAGCUCUGAAAUCAAGAAUCCAUUCCCAAAUCAGGAUACAUUAACCAAAAGACACAGCACCAGUGAAGCUCAGCUAAAUAAAAUCAAGGAUGCUGAUGACAAAUACAAACGGCAGUCAUGGACAACUAGUGAUGGCAAGUCUUCUACUUCAGUGACUAAAAGUGUUACUUCCACAAGCACUCCAGAUGGCAAGACUACUACUGUCACAACACAACAGAAGCCACCAACUAAGACUUGGGGUUCCUCUCUAAAAGAUGAUCCAUAUGGGACUCGUUCUGCCACCACAAAUAAAUCGGAAACAACCGAAGUCAAAAGAUUUUCAACUAGCCAAUCAGAUGUUCAAUCCACUGAUAAAAAAGCAGAUUUGAAAGACCCAUCAUCAACAACAUUGAAAACCAUUGAUGGAACCCCACUUGUUCCUUCAUCUACUAAAACCACCAAGACUGCUGUGACUAAUAUAGCAACCAGCCAGGAGAGCAUUAAAGACGGAACCCCACUUGUUUCUUCAUCUACUAAAACCACCAAGACUGCUGUGACUAAUAUAGCAACCAGCCAGGAGAGCAUUAAAGACGGAACCCCACUUGUUCCUUCAUCUACUAAAACCACCAAGACUGCUGUGACUAAUAUAGCAACCAACCAGGAGAGCAUUAAAGACGGAACCCCACUUGUUUCUUCAUCUACUAAAACCACCAAGACUGCUGUGACUAAUAUAGCAACCAGCCAGGAGAGCAUUAAAGACGGAAAAGUGGUUCCUGUUCCAACUACUAAAACUGCAGAGCUUGUUGAUCAGUCUACAGCCCAGCAGAAAAGUGACAAGGGAUACUGGGACUCUGUGAAAACUGAUUCAUCAGUGAAAUCGCCAGUUACCACCACCAGAGAAUUGGAUAUUGUGAAAUCUGGUUCUUCAGUGAAAUCACCUGUUUCCACCACUACAAUCACCAGUCCACUUGAUGACCUUUAUGGCUCUCUUGUACCAGCUGCAAAAACAGCCUCCUACUCAAUUAACAGAAAAAGUGAACCCAGGACGGAAUACAGUUAUGAAUAUACUGAUGGAACAAGCACCCGGAAAACAUCUGUUUCCAGUAGGAGCUAUGACAUUGAUUUCAGCCCAGCAGAGUACACGAAAACGACAUACAAGGACAACAGCAGCCCACAGUCUAAUUUGUAUGAAGACACUGUUUCAACGAAAACAAGCAAAACAUUGUAUUCAUCUUCUGACAGCUACAGCUAUGAAUCCAGCCCAACAGUGUACACCAAAACAACCUACAAGGAUAACAGCAGCCCGCAGACUAAUUUGUUUGAAGACACUGUUUCAUCGAAAUCAAUCAAGACAGUUUAUUCAACCUCUGACAGGUCUGUUAUUGAAAAAGACAUGUGUACUUACUGCCGCAAGCCCAUGUCCACAGACGCUAAAAUGAUCCUGGAUGAAAUGCAAAUUUGCUGCCAUGCCUCCUGCUUUAAGUGUGAAGUAUGCAAUUGUUCUCUGGGACAACUGAAAGCUGGAGACAGCCUGUGGAUCUACAGGCGCUCUGUGCACUGUGAAAACUGCUUCACUAAUACAAGGGAGAAAUGGCAUCGCUAGGCUUAAAGCAAAAGAAGAAAUAUCAGGAUGCCAUGCAUGCAGCCUCCGAGCCAAUCAUGAUAUAAAUAACCCUUUAAAAAAUGUUAAUAUAGUUUUAACAAUAUACCGUAUUUGGUAGCACUUUAGAUUACAGUGCACAAAUAACCAUGUAAUUUGUAAUUUUAUGGUAAUAAUCCAGGUUUACUGGGUAAAUACCAAUUGUUUUCCGUUCUUUCAUUGUAACUACUGUUGGAAGAGACUGGAAUACUGUAACUGAAUAACUGUUCAUUUAUUUGCUGCCUGUUUCUCAUUGCAAUCAGUAACUGCAUUAAUGAGAAUACCACUUUAAGAUGACAGGCAACUAAAAUUGUUAAUUGUAAUUAUAGCAGGAAACAAGACGGUUUCCAUUUAUUACCUACUUAUUCCAACAGUAGUUACCAUGAAAGAACGGAAAACAAUUGGUAUUAACCCAGUAAAACUGGACUAUUACCAGACUAUUACACAGUAAUUACAUGGUUAUUUGUGCACUGUAAUCUAGUGCUACCCAGUAUUUUUAUUUGGGGAGAAGGGAUAUAUGGUAAAUUGUUUAAGAAACAUGUUAAGUAGGUAAAAUGUACUUGUAAAACAUGUCACAGGUUAAGGCUAUUUCAUGAAGCUUUUUUAUGUACUCAAAGGCAUCAUAGAUUUUAAAUGGUUAAUGGGUUAUUAUAACUCUAUUCUAUUGUUGGGGGUCUUUAAUAAUAAAAAAUAUUAAUGAAAAAAUGGUACAUACAUUAACUCUGGCAAAAAAACAUAAAUUGUACCUUACAUAUGUAUUAAAAAAUAGUAUAUGUGCACAAA